AUGAGUUUCCCAGAUGCCAAACUGAGUUAUUGUCGUAUAUAUUCGUCAGGGAAGCUAGUCUUCUCCAUGUCAUGCUCUUUGAGUGCAGGACUUGUGCCCCUCACGAAUAAAUAUUCAUUCAUUCAUUCCAUCCGGUAA